CGUCAGUUUUGUUAUGUUUAAAACAACUAGUUUUUCAAGAAAAUGUUUAUAAAACUAAAGCAUUUUUAGUUCUAUAGGUAUAUAAAGUGCUUAAUUUAAAAUGGAGUGUAAUUUUUGUGGUUCAACAAGAGACUGUGUUAAAAAAACCAACGAAUACUAUGUGGAUAUGUUGUAUAUUGUUAUACCAAACUUUAAUCCAGAAGAGUAUACAAACCCGAAUAUUUGCCAAGACUGUGAUAACUUAGUUACUGAUAUUUUCAAUUUCAAAACAAUUUGUUUGGAAUUCGAAGACAGCCUCUGUAAUUAUAAAACCGGAGAUGCAACCGAAAUUGAUUUGGAAAAACUAGUUGGGCUAACAUCAUUCAGCAAAGGCAAACUUUGCAGAGCUUGUUUCGAAGAAAUCGAAGAUGAUUUAUUUGUAAAUUUCAAUGUCGGCGAUAGUGUACUCAAGCAGUAUCAAAGGAAAUGCCUGUUUAAUUUGAAUUUUUUCUCAACCAAAGAUCCAGUAAUGUGCAUGCGCUGCGCCAAUUUCAUAGAAAAAUAUUACCUUUUUAUACAGCAUUUUGAAACCAUCAAACCCAGCCAUAAAUACAAAAAACCGCUUUGGGAAACAAUUGCCAAUGAAGCUGUUUUAAAUAAAAUUGAACCUACCGAAACUCAGGAUGAUUCCAGAAUCAGUGCACAUUUCAGUGAUAAUGAAGUUAAUGAAAUAUUUGAUGUGGUUAAAGAAGAAAUUUCAAUAGACGAACACGUUUUAGAAAAUCCAGAAAAUUCUUCUGUUAUUUUAAAUGAAGAAAGUGGUUUACUUGAGGAAAUUAAUAAUUGUGAUAUUGAGAACGACACAUCUGUAAGUUACAAUAAAGAAGUAAUAGACAGUAUAGAAGAAACUAACAAUAUAGAUGAUGAUAGUAAUAAAAAUGGUUCUCAACUUCUUGGAAAUGGAAUCAAAGAUAAGUCUCAAGAUCUCCGCCUAAAUGAAAGCGGCAGUUCAACGAGAGCAUUGAAUAAUAAUAAACGGAAAAGGGCGCCUUUAGUAACAAUUUCCGAUGAUGAUAAUAACACCGUUACCACGGAAAGCAGUAGAUCUGAAACUGAUAUUUCGACAAAAUCAACUAGAAACCGCAAAUCUAGAAAGAGCAAACGAUUAGUAACGAAAAAGAGAAAUCAUCGUGAAAAAGAUUCCGAUUUUAUUCCGGAAAAUGAAUCAAAAAGCGAAUCGGAAAGCGAUUCUGAUUACAAUGUUGAUGAUGAUGACGAUUAUAACACCAGAAAAAACAAGAAGCUGUAUAAAGUUACUCCCACAUGCUUCCAUUGUAAGUAUUGCUCGCACAAAGACACCGACAGCAGUCGUUUAGCUCUACACAUGUCAACUUGCAAUAACCGAAUCGUUGAACGAAAAUUAUUUGCCUAUGUGCCGUCCCAAUCGGAUCAAAACUUACCAAAACAGGCAGGCGUAGGUGUGUCGGUCAAAAAGACGAAACCCUCGCAUCGGGGUAUUGUUAGAUCCAAUCCUCUUCUUGUGGCUUUAUUAACCGAAUCGGACUCCGAGUCCGUCGAUUCUGAAACCGAACCUUUAUUGACCUGCCUUUUGACGGCUCACAAAGCGCUUCCGGACCCUAGGAAAUCUAAUUGUAAAAAAUUUUCAAAGACUGAUCAAAAUUUCCUGAUGCAAAAGCUUACAAUGCAUCCGGCUUUGCCCGAGUCCACAUUGUACAUAUUACAAAAAAUUUGCGCAAUAAAAGAUAAACGUAAAGCUAAAAUGCGACUAAGGCUAAAAAGAAAAACGAAAGCGGUUCAAGCGGAUGGCAACCGAAAAUCGGAUGUCGUUAUAAACGUCGAUGCAGUACCGGGACAAAGUAAUUGGACGAAUAAUACGUCAAUUGCUAACAAUUCUCAAUUUUUGCCUGUAGUUCCUGAUCAGCAGCUGGUUAUAUGGCCGCAGCAAGCAUCUACAACUGAAUCGGCAGUACCUUAUUCCGCUUCGAACGCUGUUCCUAAUCAGCAGUUGGUUAUGUGGUCUCAGCCAGCUUCUCUGCCAAAUGUUGCUGCUAAUCAGCAAUUGGUUGUAUGGCCCCAGCAAGGAUCUACGGAUGUCCCACCUGGAUCCGCAGCACCUCAUUCCAACCCAAACGCCAUUACUGUUGCUAAUUUUCAAUUACAAACCACACAAACGCAAUAUUACAGUAUUACAUCCACUACCAGUUCCGCUAACGUUCCAGUUAGUACCAACCCUUCUAAACCGAUCCCAAUUCUGCCUAACCCAUUUCAACCGGCAACUUCCCAAAGUCCGCAUAUUAGCGAAAAUAUGAAAAGUCUAAUUAUGGAAUUCCUAAAGAGUAAAUACGCCGAACAGCCGAAUAUAAGUCAGGCGUUCGAUUUGAAGUAUCCUACUAUUGCGCCGAAACAGCUGCCUCCUGUUGCUGCUUCUACUGGUAAUUCCGUCGAAAGUUGUAUAGAUUUGACGUUCGAGGAUCCGAAUAAUCCCAAUCUGUUGGAGACCUUAGUGGAAGAGCUGAUGUUACCGGAUGUGAUAGCGGAUGAUAAUUUUGAUGGCGCGGCCGAUGCGGAUCCCUUGUCUUUGGAUACGGCAACGAACACCGUUACUGCGGAUCCAAUCGCUGAAGAUGUUGAAAAGACGUCGAGUCCAGGCGAUAAAACGAUCAACGUUUUACCGGCCAUUGUAGUCCCUAUAGAUAAGAAUGAAUUGAGUUGUUCAGACCAAAAUGAAAACACAACAGCUUCAACUCUUGUUAAAGAUAUUCCGACAAAGGACAAAGUAAACGAGAAUAAAGACAAAGACGAUCCUGAAAUAGAUACGGUUAUCUUUGAUUUAGAACAAGUUCUAGCCACUCCUGAUGCUGAUAAAACUAAAUCCGCCGAAGUAGAAACGAUGCAAUUAAACGUAUCGGAUACUGACGAUGAUGAUAAUGAUGUUGAUUAUGUACCUGAUGAUGCUGUAAACAGUUCUGAAUCUAGCGAAGCUGAAACGAUUAAAGAUUUAUUAUCGAAUUUCGCAUCUAAAGCUGUUCCUGUUGACGUUUCUAGAAAAAAUGAUAUACCAAUCGUUAAUGAAGAUCUUAUUCUUAGAAAUCUCUUGUUGGAUCAAAAGAAAUUAGAUGAUCUUCAACAAUAUAUAAACCGCAACUCUGACGUUUCUGGAAAAAAUGCCGAAGAUAAUCCGUCAAACCAACAGUUGCCUUCUACAUCUGUUACAAUACAAAUUGACGACGAUUCCAAUGAUCCGUCAUUUUCAACUGCUGAUGUUACAACGGACAUCGACGAUAAUCAGUCAAAAGAAAAUCACCAUGCUGAUCCUUUGCCUUCAACAUCGACCGCAACUGCUGAUGUUAUAACGGUGAUUAAUGAUAAUCAGUCAGAAGAAAACCUCCGUGCUGAUCCUUUGCCUUCAACAUCGAUCGCAACUGCUGAUGUUACAACGGUGAUUAAUGAUAAUCAGUCAGAACAAAAUCGUCCUGAUGAUCCGUUGUCUUCAACAUCGACCGCAACUGCUAAUGUUACAAUAGAGAUCGAUGAUAAUCAGUCAGAAGAAAAUCGUCCUCCUGAUCUUUUGCCUUCAAUAUCGACGGAAACUGCUGAUGUUACAAAGGAAAUAAAUGAUAUUCAAUCAAAAGAAAAUCGUCCUGUCAAUCAUUUGCCUUCAACAUCCACAGCAACUGCUGAUGUUACAAAAGAAAUAAACGAUAAUCAGUCUAAAGAAAAUCGUCCUGUUGACCCAUUGCCUUCAACAUCCACAGCAACUGCUGUUGUUACAAAGGAAAUAAACGAUAAUCAGUCUAAAGAAAAUCAUCCUUCAUUAUCGACUGCAACUGCUGAUGUUAAAAAUGAAAUAAGUGGUAAUCAGUCCCAAGAAAGUCAUUGUAAAGCUUCGAUAUCCAAUGAAACUACUGAUGUUACAAAGGAAAUAAACGAUAAUCAGUCAGAACAAAAUCGUCCUGUUGAUCCGUCGACAGCAGCUGCUGAUCUUACAAUAGAAAUAGACGAUGAUCAGUCAUCGCAAAAUAGUGGUGCUGAUUCCUUGCCGUCAACAUCAACAGCAACCGCUAAACCAAAACGGAAACGACUUAACAAAUUGCCGCCAAUAUCGUCACGAACAACUGACGUUACGAUAGAAUUGGAUUCGGACGGGGAUAUCAGCAGCGUCAAAGAACCGAUCGAUGGUAUACGAGUGUUGGCUACUUCGCGAUCAGAAAUGAAGAACAGAAUUUCGAAAUUAGCCAAUAUGUCCAAUACCGCAACGAGUUCAGAUAAAAAAGUUGUAACAAUGGCGUUGAACAACCACCUAUCCUGUCCGUUCGAACUCGCCAUAUUCAAAUGCGAUACGUGCGCUUACAACACGAGAUUCUUUCGGCUGAUCGAAGAACAUUCUUUGCAGCAUUUCGACGUGUUCAACAAGAGUGAGUCGUACAUUUGCAUGCACUGCUCUGUAAGCUUCAAGGACAAAUCAAAGUUGGCGAAGCAUCUUCAAAUCGAGCACUCUCAAUUUUUCUAUACUUUGUGGUUCUGGUGCGUGAAUUGCACGACGCCGUUUUCGAGGCACACCGACGUGUUGCGGCACAACAAAAGGUGCGCGAAUAAGAACAUCACGGUGAAUUUGUUCAAAAGCAACCAUACAGUGUUUUGCAUGAUUUGUUAUUUCGAAACGUCCGCGGUGGAUAAGGCGAGAACGCAUUCAAAAACGUGCGUAACUCGGCACGUUAGACCUGUCGAGGUAAUCGAGUUGGAAUAGAUUUUAUAACCAUCAGAUCGAUUUAUUUUCAGCCGUUUUUUUAUUAUUGUUGAAAUUUAUGUCAAAUUUAUUUCGGCCGAAUGUUUUUACGUUUUAUCCGACUGAAUGUAUUUUCUGCCAAAUAUUUUGGAAUAAUCGAUUAUAUAACCAUCAGAUCGAUUUAUUUUCGGCCGAAAAUACUUUCAGUCGAAUUUUAUUGAAAUGUAUAAGUCAAAUUUAUUUCGGCCGAAUGUUUUGUUUCAUUCGACUGUAUUUUCGGCCAAAUAUUUUUGACCGAACAUACCAUCGAGUUGGAAUAAUCGAUUAUGUAACCAUCAGAUCGAUUUAUUUUCGGCCGAUAUUUUUAGCCGAAUUUAAUUAUUGUUGAAAUGUAUAAGUCAAAUUUAUUUCGGCCGAAUGUUUUACUUUUUAUUCCGCUGAAUGUAUUUUCGACCAAAUAUUAUUUUUGACGGAACAUACCAUUGAGUUGGAAUAAUCGAUUAUAUUGUUUAUUUUCAGCCGAAUUUUAUUGUUGUUGAAAUAUAUAAGUCAAAUUUUUUUCCGCGAAUGUUUUACGUUUUAUUCGACUGAAUGUAUUUUUGGCCGAACAUACCAUCGAGUUGGAAUAAUUGAUUAUAUAACCAUCAGAUCCAUUUAUUUUCGGCCGAAAACAUUUUCAACAGAAUUUUAUUAUUGUUGAAAUAGUCAAUUUAUUUCGGCCGAAUUUUUGAUCUAGUUUGUUUUAUUGAAUUGAUUUUCGGCCGAAAUUCUUUUCUGUCGAAUUUACUUUAGGUCAAAUUUAAUUUCGGCCGAAAGUAUUUUUAUUCGGCUGAAUGAAUAUUCGCUCUAAUUUAUCUUCGUUUGAAUUUAUUGUCUGUCCAAUUUAAUUUUGGAUAAUUUAUUUUUGGCCGAACUUUUUUUUUUAAUUAUGACACGGUAUUUUGCAUGAUUUGUGAUUAUUUAACCGAUUAGAUCGAAUUAAUUUUGACCGAAUUUGUUUUCGGCCGAUUUUUAUUAUUGUUGAAUUGUAUUUCGGCCGAAUAUUUUACGUUUUAUUCGACUGAAUGUAUUUUCGACCAAAUAUUAUUUUUGGCCGAACAUACUUUCAAACGUUUUUUGGGCCAAACACAUUUUAGAUCUAGUUUGUUUUGUUGAAUUGAUUUUCGGCCGAAAUUAUUUUUAUUCGGCUGAAUGCAUUUUCGCUCUAAUUUAUCUUUGUUUAAAAUUAUUGUCUGUCGAAUUUUAUUUUGGAUAAUUUAUUUUCGGCCGAACGGUACCUUCUUAAUUAUGACACGGUAUUUUGCAUGAUUUGUGAUUAUAUAACCGACUAGAUCGAAUUAUUUACGGCCGAAAAUAUUUUCGGUCGAAUUUUAUUGUUUUUAACCUUAUUUAUUUUUGGCAGAACGUGCCUCCAAACGUUUUAUUCGACUGAAUGUAUUCUCGGCCUAAUUUAUUUUUGACCAAACAUACUUUCAAACGUUUUAUUUAAAUGCAUUUUUGACCUAAUACAGCUUGAUGAUUUUAUUUUCGGCCGAAUUUAUUUUCGGUCAGAUUUAUUUUAGGCCGAAUUAAUAUUUGAUCGAAUUUUAUUGGUGAUAUUUAUUUUCGGGGGAACUUACCUCUAGGCUUUUAUUCGGUAUUUUCAGUCUAAUUUGUCUAUACUCUUGAAUUUAUUUUCAGUGGAUCUCAUUUUUGGUCAAAUAUAUUUUCGGCCGAAAACAUUUUCGGUCGAAUUUUGUAAUAGGUGGAAUUAUUUAUGUCAAAAUUUGUCUACUGUUAAAUUUAUUUUCUGUCGAAUUUUUUUCAGGUCAAAUAUUUUCGGUCUGAUUUAUUAUAAGUCAAGUUUAUUUUCGGCCGAAUUUAUUCUUGACCAAAAUUAUUUUCGGUCGAACCUUAUUUACUCUAGGCCGAAUUUGAAAACGUUUAAUUCGGCCGAAUGUACUUUCGGCUUGAUUUAGUUUCAGUUGAAAUUAUUUUUAACCGAAUUUAUUUUUGGCCCUAUUUAUUUAUUGGCCCUACGUUAUCUUCUUAGAAUACAACACGUUUUGCAUAAUUUGUUAUGCUUUACUCGGCAAAUUAAACGCGUCAAGGUUAUGGAGUUUGAAUAAUCCAUAAAAUAAUCGAUUUGCGUUCGGUCGAAGUGAUUUUUAACCGAAUUUAUUCUUGGCCGAAGAUUUUUUCAACCGAAUUUUAUUAUAGGUGGAAUUUAUAGUCAAAUGUAUUAUUGGUGGAAUUUAUAGUCAAAUGUAUUAUUGGUGGAAUUAAUAGUCAAAUGUAUUUUCGGCCGAAUGUUUUUGCUCCAAUUUAUUUUUGACCGAACGUACUAAACGUUUUAGUCGACCGAAUGUAUUUUUGCGAAAGACUUCUUAUUCGGCCAAAUGCGUUUUCGGCAUAAUUUGUGUUCUGUUGAAUUCAUUUUUGGUCGAAAUUAUUUUCUGUCGAAUUUAUUAUAGGUCAAAUUUAUUUUCGGCCGAUAUUAUGUUCGGUCCGAUUUAUUAUAUAUCGAAUUUAUUUCGGCCGAAUUAACUAUUGACUAAAACUAUUUUCGGCGUUACUUGGCUACUUAAACCCGUCGAGGUAUCGAGUUGGAAUAAUCGAUAAGAUCGAUUUGUUUUCGGCCAAAUUCAAUUUUGGCCGAAUUUUUAUAUUCUGUAUAUAAUGUAAAUAUAAGUGUAAAAGUAUACGGAAGUAUUAAAUAUUUACUUUAAUGAUCUUAUACAGGGCAUUUUAAAAGUUCGAGUGUUUAAUAAUGUCUUUAUUUAUAUAAAAAAGUAAGAAAUGAAAAAAAAAGUUCGUCGCUUUUCACUUUUUUUUUUAUUUUAAUAUUCCUUUUUUUCUUCCUGUUUUUUUUUUUAAUUUUUUGUUCUUUUUCCUUUUUUGUUUUUUUUUCCUAUUUUUUUUUUUUUACUUAUUUGUAAAGCAGCCGAAUCCGCUGCCGAAUUCAACUUGUAAAUUUGAGAAUUCCGCGGCAAAAUUGUUGACGUUCUCGGGUCCCAUGUUGGGAGCCAUUUAUGUCACCUUAACUUAGCUGAAUCUCAUAAGUUUAUUUUAAAUUUUAAAGUAAAGUUAAGAUUUUAAAUAUAUAGGAGUACAUGUAUUUCAAUAACACUCUGUAUAUCCAUUCGAAUGUUUGGUACGCACAUUCAGUAGGUACAUGUAUUUAAAUAAUACUGUCAGCCUUUUUUUUAUAUACUUUUAAUUUUUUUGGUUUGUUUAAAUAAGUCUUAAAGUGUACAUAAAUAAAGGUCUUUAUAAAAAAAGUAUGUUUUCUUUUAUUCAUAAUAGUUCAUGUGGAAAAAAGUUUAUUCUAAAUUACAAUGUAAUGGUAUAUACAUAUACAUGACAUACAGUAGGUUGUGAAUGUAUAAUAAUAGUAUAAAAGUAAUAGGGCGAAUAUAAGAAAAAAAAGUAGUAUAAUGUCUAGUGGCCGACCGAAGGUUCGGUUUCUGUUUCGUUGUCUGCCAGUUUCGGCCUAAAAUAACAGUAAUUUCGGUUUCGGCCAGCUAUUGCGCCAUCACGCGGCCAUAGAUCACUUGAAACUAGCGCGGUUACCGGUUGUAGCAUAUUUUAAAUAACUUAUUCCAGGUUUCGCUUUGUAAAUAAGACAACAGUAUUAAAAAAAGUAGAACUGUCAUUACCUAAACUACCGACGCCGAAUAAAAACUGAAAAACCCCGGUUAUUCGGGUGAAAUUCAGUUUUUUCCCCGGAUAUUAAACAACUUUUUAGCGAUUUAUUUAGCAAUGUUUGGCAAAAUCGACAUUCGGUGGUACGGGUAAUGUAAAUUUAAAAGAGUUCUUUCAAAUUAUUCAUUUAACGGACCGGUGAAAUUACCGAUCGCGCAACGUAUAACCAUUCAUACGAUUCCGGUGAAUUUCUUAGAUCUAGUUAUAGUGAGCAGUGGUCAACUACAUUAUGAAAAAAGAACGCGUUUUGUCCCACAAUACUGGAUGCUUUUUAAUUAAUGUAAUCAAGAUCUCUACGUCGAUAUCUUGCUCCAUGUCACACCGUAGCUACACCACACACUGAACGACUGUAGCAAUUUGCAUACACAUUUUCUAUGAGAACAAAGUGUUUUUAAUAAAUAAUUCGUCCGGUGACGGACGAGAUAGAAACCCAUCCAUUGAAGCACCGGUACCGGAUCGAUUUCUUUACGGACAUCGAUAAGUAAACAACUCAGUUUGUUUCUACAGUUUUCGGUAAUUUCUACGGUGCGUUAAAAAAACUGAUUGUGUGAAAGAGUAUUUACAUUUACCGGAACCGGCACCGUUAACCGGUUGUAAAAUGAAUAGAUUCAAAUAAACUUUCCUAUUUGACGGAAUUGGCUAACCGGUAGACAAUCGCCGGUUCAUACCACUGGAGGCCCGGUUGUUCUAGUAUCAAAAUGCAACUGGCAAGUGGAUCUGAUAUUAUUUCUUGCCUAGAUUGAAAAUUAGAUCUUGCCUAACCGGCUAACCGAUGAAAACCAGCCAGUUCCAGUAAUUGUGAAAAAGCUCUUACGCUUCUUUCACACGUGCCGGAUACCGGAUAUACAAGCCUGAUAACCGGCAAUAUUAUAUUCAAACUAAUUUGACAUUUCUUUGAAUCUCAGAAUCGAGUUUGCAGUAUAAUUUUACUAUGGAAUUUAUAAGUUCUUCGAUGUCUAUAUCCACACGUGACAUUUUCCAUGCUACACGUCUAUUUUCCACCAUAUUUUAAGAGUGUCUGAACGAUCUUGGUCUAUACACAUGUGAACGUUGUAUAUGCUGUUAGAAUGCGGGUAUCACCCGGACACUUAUUCGAAACUUUGUUCGAAAACUUCCCGGUCGUCCUCCAAACUAGGACAAAUCCGUUUCAAUUGGCUUUCCGCAUCGAUCCGAAGGAUUCCAUCCGCUCCGGAGUAAAAAUUUCAGUACGUUUAUAGGAUAAUUAUCAAUUAUUUAAACAAAUGAAUACACAAUAUUUAGCAACAAGUAUGGUAGUGCUAGAAACAGUCAGGUUUAUACUCUAUAUUAUAUUUUGUACGGUGAAAUGAAAAAUUGUAUUAUUUCCUAAUUAUUUUAAUUUCUUGUAUUUUCUCAUCAUUAUAAUGUAUCUGAUCUGAAAAAUAUCGUAAAUAACCGUUUCAUAUACUAUUUAUAAUGUUGGGAAAUGACCGGUGAUUUAUAAAUCGGUAAGUACCCAGUAAACCACAAAUAGUCGGCAUUCGCUCGGCCUAACACCGGUAUGUACGGGAAGCCAAGUACUCAGAUUGUCGUUGUCGGGGUUUCUUUUGAGCCGGGAGGCCCGUACCAUUUAACGUAAUUUAGAAGUAGAAACCGCAUAUGGUCCAUAUUUGGCUUUCCAGACAUGGGAGACAUGCAUCCUUACGGGCCGAACGCGGUGAAUAUUUGGCUAGCCGGGCAUGGGAGGCAUCCUUACGGGCCGAAUUAUAUAUAGAUAUAUGAAUACGGCUACAAUUUAGUGGGCUGCCGACAUUCGACUGGGCGGACAUGCCCUACCUAUAUGCCGAAGCUGCACUCGUAUAUCGAGACGAGUCCGGCAUCCGGAAAGCCUCCUUCAGUCCAGUUACGGUGCUGAUUAACUGUGUUUAUUGGGUAACCGGUCACUUAUGCGAUCAUUUUCAUUCAUGGACAGAAAUAGUAUUUUUUGAAUAGGUUUCUUCAUGGGAUCUUCAACGAAUAUUGCAAGGAUUUUAAAAUAAUUUGGACCAGUAAUUUAUAAAUCGUCACUUACAGUCAUAACCUAUUUAAAAAACACUAAAUAAUAUGAAUUUAUUUAUUAUAUUUACUUUUACAACUGUAUAUGUAUUUUAUAAAAUUUUCUUAAGCUAAUAUAAAAGGCGAGACUUAGAAAAUCGGUACAAGAGCAUCAAUGAUACUCCCGUGUUUAUAACUAGUGGUGACAUAUCGCUUAUUUUUAUUUCUAUACGAAGAGAAAUGUUUUAUUUACAGAUUUAUAAACCAUAUAAAGGACUUUAUAAUCAAAACACAAUUCGUUAGCUCAAUGAGUUUUUAAUGUACGGUGAAGAGUAAAAAAUUAUGUAAUUUAGUAAUUGAAGGGUCGAAUGCACAAACCACCCAAGUCCAAUGUUCAGAAGAGAUAAAAAAUGUUUUAAAGACAAAAUAUUUAAUUUUUUUUAUUUAGCUGCUAUAUACACAGUAUCGAAAGGUACUCAACCUACUAUACGUCACAGUAUGCUUAGUUAUUGAGCUAGACAACUCGUUUAUGCACAGAAUGAUUCAGAAUUUAAAACUGUGUAAGAACAUCGACUAUGGUAGCGCAGGUGUCUACGGCAUCGCAUUCUUAUGCGAGCCAUUUUCUGGUAAACGAGACACGGUUUCAGAUCCUACAGAAGACCAUGUGAAUUUAUUUGCAUGGUUCUCUAUAGGAUUUGAUGGAUGCCGUAUUAGCAGAAAUUUAAUUUCUGUUGAUAUGACAUCCAGAUUAUUAAAAAUCACCAUGCGUUACCGUUUUCAAUGAUGGUGGGUGGGGUUUUCCUCACCUGUAAAUCAAAUGGCACCAUCAAUCAUCUUUAAGUCGCCCCGGAGCGCCACGGCAAAUAAUAAUAGCCCGUCUCUUUCCCCGGACAAGCUCAGCUUUUGGGGUUAAAAUUCAUUCGUACGGGGGUGAAUUAGGGAGAGUAUUAUUAUUAUUACAUAUUAUUAGUAUAUACUUAGUUAAAUUUUGCAAAAAAAAUAGACCGGUUAAUGCACUGGACCCCUCAAUUGCCAUUAUUUUGUAUUUUUUUAUCAUUAUAAAAUAUCUGAUCUACUGAAAAAUAUCGAAAAUGGCCGUUUCAUAUAGUAUUGGGAAAUGACCGGUCAUUUAUAAAUCGGUAAAUGACCGGUCACUUAUACGCUUAUUUUCAUUCGUGAACAAAAAUGGUAUUUUUGAACAGUCUUUUUUAUUUGAUCUUCAACGAUAUCAGAUAUGUUGAGUUACUACAAAGAUAUUAAGAUAAGUUUGACCGGUCAUUUAUAAGUUAGCAAAUGACGUUACAGGUCACUUAUGAUCACUACCCUGUGGUCAUUUUUAUAAGUGAACAAAAAUGGGUAUUUCUGGAUAGGUUUGAGUUCUUUAACGAUUCCAAAUAUGUUGGGCAUUACAAGGAUAUCAAAACUUUAUCCUAGUUUCCAGAUAUUCAAUAUAAUAUGCUAAACAUAUACCAUUGUUGGCCUUCUAUGCUGAAUACGUUAAAAAAUUAAUUUCUAGGUUAAAACUGGUGGUCACAUUCAAAAGUAAACCGGUGAAAUUGGUAAUUUAUAAAAGUGACCGACAAUACUAUUUAUUUACAUAAUAAAGGUUUUUCGAAAAUUUUUAUCAUCUGCAAAAAUAAGCUACUUAGAUACUUAAUUUUACUCCGCUUAAAUGCACGGCAGGCAACCAUCAUGUACACGUCAAUAUUUAGUAAAUUCAUGUCAUUGACGUCACAUAUGACCUUAAAAUUACAUUUUGAAGUAUUAACUAAAACAUGAAUUAAGACAAUCCACACAGAACGUCAUUUUCACGUUUAUUCAAGAUCCCUCGCAUCGUAGGGAAACUGGUGGUCAUAAUACGAGAAAUUUGUAUGGCAAACCGUUUACUAGUCCUUAUGUUUAAAACGAACUAAAAUUGAAUUUAACUUCUUCCUGUGCAUACUCAAUGCUAUACAUUUUCUAUUAUCUCACUGUAAGACGUAUUUUUGACAUCUUCACGUCAACCCGUAACGUCAUUUUGACGCUAUAAAAUGAUGCCAUUCAUCUGUGACUUAGGGUAUGGUCCGAUAUUAACCGACUACUAACGAUAACUAACUAGGAUUUUUUGACAGACGGUUCCUGAAAAAACUAAUUUAUUGGUUACAUUUGGACUACGGCCGAGCUUUACGUCACUUUUGUGACAGAUUGACAUUUGACUCAAUGAUAACCGUAAAAAUAUAGCAGUUAGUGAAUUCACGCUUAAGUCACAAUUUUCAGGUAUUUUUAUAGUAGGGACCGAAGUUGGAAAGGCUUUUGUCAGUUCUCCCACUUCAGCCACAAGAUUUGACGGUUUUGACGCCAAGUUAACCGAAGAAAAUUAUUUUAUAAAUGGUAAUAACAAUUUCGCGUAAAUGGUUCAACAAAUUGUGAAUAGCUAUUGAAAUAUUCUAGAAUUAUGAUUAGAGACAUUAUUACUUUCUUAAAUAAUUAUUUGUAGCACAUAAAUAGAUACGUUUGCCCGAUUUGGCCGGCAAUAAUUUAAAAUUCUCCGACGGGGUUUGACGUUUACCACCUCUCUGCCUACCAAAAGCCUGUCCAACUUCUGUUCCUGCUAUAUCAGUCGUUCUUUUUUGACGGCACAGGAUUUCUUACAGCAAAAAUAUUAAACCUUUAAAAAGAAAGCUUUCAAUCACAUCAUUCGGACGUCACUUUGGAAGUCAUUCUUACGUCAAAGAUGACUACAUAAUAAUGUUCAAAUGUCAGCUGGUUUCCUGGGUUGACUUCUGGAGGUAAAAAUUCACUCAACGGGUGAAUUAUAGAGAGAUAAUUAUUAAUAUUAAUUUUCUCCACUAAAGAUUGGAAAAUUGUGCAAUUUAAGGUUAAAACAACAGAAUUACCGAGUGCAGUUCAUCUGACAGGGUAGGAUAAUAUUGAUUUCGGCGGAAGGCUUCGCUGAAGCAAUUCAUUUUGAAGGUGCUUGCUAUUAAAUAACUGGAUUAUUUUUCCUAAACACCCUCUUAUAACCCUGUUUUGAAGGAACAUUUUCGCGAAUUUCUUUUCUAACUUCCACAAUUCUAAAAGCCCUGAUAGGCGUGGAUAGUUCCCUGAUGAAGAACCCCACAGCUUCUGCUACCGGAUCGCAAAAAUCCCUUAUAGAGGACGCGAUAUUAUACAAAAAUAUUAAAAUAGGUUGUAUGACGGCAUUAAAAAUGGCGCACAGCAACGGCUUGAGAAAAUAAUCGGAUGUUAAUUGGAGGAUUCCCACUGUAAGAGGUCUUACAAUGGUGUAAAGGAUGAAUCUUAAGAAUUGAAGGACGAAUGAGGUUAGAAAGGAAAAUCCUAUGUUGAAUGUGCCGAAGAGUUCCGCCCAAAAUUUGGUGGUGUAGGCUUCGGUUCGUUCCGCUAGAGCUUCGGUUGCUAGGAUGGGUGAUUUGUCCGUGGUACGGAAG